GACUUCUCGACCGUAGCCCAGGUUGUAUAAUACAUCCACGGGCAAACAGCAAACACCGCCCGCUUGUUCAUGACGCUGGUUGGUCACGUGACAUGACGUCACUACUCCUAAGCUUUCAGAACUCUACCGGGCUCAGUUACACCUACUGCACCUUCAUAGUAAUGUUAUGCAGAGCAGGCGGUCAUGGCUUGGAAGUCGAAGACCCGCAGUCUACAAGUGUUUGACACGGAGCAGAGUGCUGACACGGUGGAGUGGUGUCCUGUUUCACCGAGCCACAACAUCCUGGCCUGCGGGACAUAUCAGCUACAGAAAGGGGCAGGGGUAGAGGACGCCUCCCCGAGCCGGACUGGUCGUUUGUACCUUUUUGACUUUCAGCGAGAAGGAUCACUGAGCCCUCCUCUCACUGAGCUGCAGCGCAUGGACACACCAGCCAUUUUAGAUUUGAAAUGGUGCCAUGUGCUGGUGUCAGGGAAGGCAGUGCUGGGAAUAGCAGCUGCCACAGGGGAGCUUCAGCUAUAUACACUGUCAGACAGUCAGGAAGGCAGCUGCAGUCUGCAGACUCUGAGCAGUUUGGCUGUGGGAUCAGAGCGGCUGGCUCUGUCAUUAGACUGGUCCACCGGAAGAAUGGACAGCAGUGAUGUGCGGGUGGUGUGCAGUGACUCUGCAGGCUGUGUCAGUGUGCUCUCUUUGGCUGAAGGCACUUUGACAGCUCUGUCACAGUGGAAGGCCCACAGUUUUGAGGCCUGGAUCUCAGCCUUCUCAUACUGGGAUACACAGCUGGUUUACUCUGGUGGUGAUGACUGCAAACUUAAAGGCUGGGAUCUCCGGGUUGGUCCCUCCUGCCCCACCUUUACCAGUAAAAGGCACUCAAUGGGUGUGUGCAGUAUUCACAGCAACCCGCAUCGGGAACACAUCCUAGCGACAGGCAGCUAUGAUGAGCAGGUUUUGCUGUGGGAUGGCAGGAACAUGCAGCAGCCUCUCAGUGAGAGUGCCAUGGGUGGUGGGGUAUGGAGGCUGAAAUGGCAUCCAGCCCAUCAACACCUGCUGCUGGCAGCCUGCAUGCACAAUGACUUCCAUAUCCUUCAUUGCCAGCAGGCCCUAGAGGGCAGAGGAGGAGCUUGUCCUGUUGUAGCUUCCUACAUCCUCCACAACUCCCUAGCAUAUGGAGCUGACUGGUCCCGGCUGUCCCUGGAGAAACCUGCUCCCUGCUCCUCUCCUGCUGCAGAACCAAUGGAAAGUCCCACAGAGAGCAGAGGACACUUAAGGAUUCAGUAUGAGUCUCCUACUGCCAGCUUUGACACUUCCCUGGAGGAUGAUGUUGGGCGAUACAUCCCAGAGGGCAUUGCAACAGUGUCGACCACCCCCACUGCAGACCCUGCCCUCAGUCCUGAUUGUGAUGUCCCCUCGUUGUCCUGCCUGCUCGCAAGCUGCUCAUUCUAUGACCAUAUGCUCCAUGUGUGGCGCUGGGACUGGACUCCAGAUGAGGCUCACCAGGAAUCAGAGCAGUGUUGACCAUGCUGGAGCAUUGGCUGAGAUGACACAAUAGAAACAUCUGUCAAAUAACAAAAUGAACCAAAGUAAAGCAGAAUAUUUACUCCCAGGCCACUUUAUUGGGUAUGCCUGAACAAUCCAGUACAACAGUGCUGCCACAUAUUUUACCUUUAUCAGGCUUAAAAUGGACAGUUUUUGUAUAACCUUUCUGUUUGAUGUUGAUUAAGCUAUAUCCUUAUUAGUGAGGUCGUAGUAAUAGUGGUGUUGUACUGGAUUGUGUUAUAUUGAAAAUGUGCUUCUAAAAUUCUUCCCUUCAUGUUGAUAAAUGGAGUGGACUAAACAUUAGCGAUAACUCUUUGUAUAAAGUAAUUUUUCAUACUGCUGCAACUUACAACCUCAAUAAUAAACACAUAUAGAGAGAUUAA